AUGGCGGGCGUUGGGCAAGACCAGUUGCCGGCUUCUCUCGAGGAAGUAGUAUCUCUCAUCGUCCAGUUGUACCAACCUGGGGCUCCAGAAACCAUUGCUAAGUCACAAGAGACUUUGCAAGCACUGCAGCGUUCCCCGCAAGGAUGGCAGUUAGCCAAUAGUCUCUGCACGUCUGAGAAUGAAAAUGUCCGGUUUUUUGCGGCCCUGACCUUCACUGUUAAACUUAACACCGAUGCGCAAUCUUUGGGAGAUGAGGAUGUACAAGCUUUGCUUCAAACCCUCGUAGGGUGGCUUGUUCGAUGUGUUGAGAAUGCGGAAGGACCUCUUGUCAUGAGGAAACUUUGUUCUACCCUCGUAUCUUAUUUCCUACAGUUCUCUAUGUCUUGGACAAGAUGUGUUAAGCAUCUUAUGUACUGCCUCUGUAUGAAAAGAGCUGUUCCAUACGACGAAGCUCUCCUAGAAAGCCCUGAUACCGCAGUUCUAACGGCAGAGCUCUCGAACGAGACCGCUAUUGCUAUUCUCUGGUUUGCUUCCUCUCUCGUGGAAGAAGUGGGGAAAACAGACUCGAGUCUUAUGAAACAGAACAAGUUCCACAAAAGCGUCGUCCCCAAUGUUGACGACAUCGUGCCAUUGUUGUCAAGAUAUCUGACAAUUACGACUCCGGCACCCACGGAAAGAAGGGUUCGCCAAGAGGCUAUGAGAUGUUUUCAAGCAUGGGUAUCGUAUGCCCACCGAGCUUUCAUAGACGAUGCUAUUGUUCUCGAGCCUCUCCAGGCACUCAUCAAACCUGCGAUGAUGUGUCUCGCAGAGGAUGAUUUGUCAGAAAUCGCUAUAGAGCUUUUCUCAGACAUGCUCACCAAUUACUCCAAGUUCCUUUCUAGGGAGGAUUUUAAACUUCUCUAUUCAUUGUUUAACAGUCCAUGGGCGCAAGAACGGUAUCAGCGACUGAUUGAAGGGGACUACGACUUUGAUUCUUUGCAAUUUGGAAAUUUCAUGAUUGCAUUUGGAGACGCUACACUUCAAGACCUAGCAAAAAACACAGCACCGAACUCCCAAAGCCAACAAUUUCUUUCUGCUCUCGGGGGUCUUCUUGGGGCAGAGGGCAUGGCUGUUCAUGAGGACAAGAUUUUCGUUCCAGCGCUGGAGUUUUGGAAUACCUUCGUGGAAAACAUGAUCGACGACGUCUAUACUGAAAGCACACAGCAUCCCACAUGGUUUGCGACGGCGCGAGUGCAUGUCAAUCAAAUGAUCGAAAGAUGUUUCCGCAAGAUUCAGUUCCCACCGACAAGUGUUUUCACUUCAUGGGAUUCUGCGGAUCGUGUGGGCUUCAAAGACGCCAGGCGAGACUUUGCAGAUAUGCUUCAGCAGUAUUUUCUUAUUUCGGGCAUACCACUUCUUGACAACUUCGUUGGUUUGGCACAUAGUGCUAUUGAAAAAUUGAACUGGAUAGAGCUUGAGGCCGCUCUAUAUUGUCUAUCAGUGUUUCCUGAUUCCCUUUCUGACAAAGAGGAUGUGCGUGAUCCAUGUCUGGACACCAUUUUUGUACCCGAAGUCUUCUAUGUUUUCACAAACCACGAGAAUGUUCCGUUCCCAGCCGUGGAAUCCUUCUUGGUCUUGAUUGAAGGAUACGCAGAUUACUUUGUAAAGAACUCUUCUUACCUUCCAAACGCAUUAAAUUUUGUGUUUGCGGCCAUGGCCUUGCCUACCCUGAGUCAUAGAGCAUCAGACACUAUAACAGGGCUUUGCUCUGAGUGUAGAAAGAUACUUCGCCCUGAGCUCGACGCAUUCCUGCAGCAGUAUCAGAAUCUUGUCCGCAAUAAUUCAAUUACUGGUUAUGCCAAAGAGUCCGUAUUGAGGGCAAUAGCUUGCCUAAUCCAAGCGAUUCCCGACGAGGAGUCGCAGGUUGCUCCACUAGACCAACUGCUGAACUUCGUGGGUUCAGACAUUGAAGAAUGCCUUCAAAUGGUCAUUAUGCUGAGAGGUCCACAAUUAGACAUCCCGAACAUUCCGCCCCUACAACAGCCCAAUUCAAGCCAAACUGCUCUAGAUAUAGGUGCUUUGUCGUUGCGUUGCCUUGCUGCUAUCGGCAGGGGUCUCCAAGAGCCAAAUGACAAGCCAUUUGAUCUUGAGAAGGAGACGGUGUCACCGUUUUGGACCGAAGGAGACGGUUCGCGGAUCCAGAAACGCAUAUUCUCAAUGGUUGGCGGGAUAUACGAUGUACUCGGAGAUAAAGGCGAGAUAGUUGAGGCAACUUGCUCCGUUAUUAGACAGGGUUUCAGAGAGUUUGAACCAGGUCCAUUUGUCCUACCUCCAGUCAUGAUUGCCGAAAUUCUUCUAAAAGCGAACCCGCAAACACCACGGCUCGGUUUCGUCCUUAGCACGGCAGGUUUAUUUGUUUCGUCCUACAAAAGGGACUUGGUAGGGUCUGGUAUUUACGAAGUCCUCGACGCAUUGCUGACAUGGACAUCUCGGUUGCUGCAAGCCCAAGGAGAACCUAGCAAUGAUCCAGAGAUCGCCCAAAAUGGAAUUGACUUCCUGGCGCGGCUGCAGCCCAAGUAUCUCAAGACCCUGAUGAAUCACCAGCCAUCGUCGAGCCUCGAGUUUCUGUUCGUAUACACGCUGAAGGCCCUUACCGGGAAUGAUCCACUGCCAAAAAUUGCAGCCGCUGAUUUCUGGGCAACUUUCAUUGGCCUCCAAAGCCAACCCGAUGAAUUACAGGAAUCGAUGAGCAAUGCAAUAGAACACCUUGGACCAAUGCUUGCAGAGGCACUCAUUUUCAACAUCGGCGGCCACGCUGCACGAAGUGAGCUCGACAAACUUUCCGAGCCAUUGAAAAAACUUGUCCUGCGACAAGCGCAUUCAAAGAAAUGGAUCGAAGCAGCGCUGCUAGGAAGUAACUUUCCUAGCCAGAAGGUCACCGCCAAAGAGAAAAGCAUAUUUGCACAGAAGAUCGCCAACCUUCGCGGUGCUCGAGGGACCAAUUUGGUGGUCCGGGAAUUCUGGCUGGCGUGUCGGGGUUCUAACUUUGCAUAUGCUUCAUGA